UAGUGGAGACAACGGAAAACGACGGAAGUGAGAGCGCAGCCAUAUUUCAGUCUUUUUAGGUUAGAUCUUGCAACUGCACGUUGUCGGAGUGGUAACCAUGCAGAUUUUCGUAAAAACCCUCACGGGUAAGACUAUUACCCUCGAGGUAGAAUCGUCGGAUACUAUAGAAAAUGUAAAAGCCAAGAUACAGGAUAAAGAGGGAAUUCCACCUGAUCAGCAGCGACUUAUCUUCGCUGGCAAGCAGCUGGAAGAUGGACGUACUCUUUCAGAUUAUAAUAUCCAAAAAGAAUCAACUCUCCAUCUUGUGCUUCGUCUUCGUGGAGGUGUGAUUGAACCUACACUCCGUAUACUUGCACAAAAAUACAAUUGUGACAAAAUGAUUUGUCGUAAAUGUUAUGCUCGUCUUCAUCCGAGAGCAACUAAUUGCCGCAAGAAGAAGUGUGGUCACACAAAUAACAUCCGACCAAAGAAGAAGCUGAAGUAGAUUAAACGUCUAAUUCCAUAUUUGUUAUACAAAUGGAAAUUAUAUCCCUUAUGUAACAUCAAUAAACUGUGAGUAAUAAACAAUA